AUGAAAUCUUCUUUGCUCAUUAUCAUUUUGAGCUUAUGGACAGUUAAUACAAAUAUGACCUAGAAUGGUUGCAGUAAUAAUCAUUACUAUAUAAUAUAUUAGCAUCAAAAUUAAAUAAAAUAUCAAUCUAUCCAACUACAAAUGAGAUUUUAACAUGGUAAAUAAAAUCAGAAUUUUUUGAUGGUGCUGAUUUAACAUAUACAUUAAGUGAUUCUCAAUAGAAAGAAUUUUAGAUUAUACAUCCAAUAGAAUAAACUGGAAGAGAUACUUCACAUAAAAAUGGUAAUUAUUAAAAAAUUCUAUAUUAAAAGUUGCUUCAAAUAUAAUUACAGCCAAAGCAGCAAGAAUAUCAUCUAGUGGAUUUUGGCUCAACAUCUUUGCAUUUCUAGAUUAAUCUGAAGAAGAUGUAUACUUAAAUAUUGCUGAAGGGUACAAUAAUAAUUCUAUAUAUAUAAUAGUACAGAUAUUAGAGCAUCUCCUAAUUUCAAUUAACGUUACUUUAUAACAAAAAGAAAUAACACUGAAAUAACAUGUUUUGAUGUUGAUUUUACAAACACUCAAUAAUACAUUGUGGAUUGUUAAAAGUAAGUAAUUCAAGAUGAAAAAAUUUAAUUAGAAAAUAUAUUCUUUGUACUAUCUAAAGAUGGAAAUAAAACUUAAAUGUUUACUGAAAAAGCUUUCUUUUAAACUUAUAAAUAAAGGUUUCUAGGUUAAUAUACAAUUACUAAUGCCCUUGGUGUCACACAUUAAUAUCUUUUUAGAGUGACACCAGCAUAUGCUAUUAGUUUAGAUUCUGAAUUAGCUUUAGACUCUUUAGUAGAAGUAUAUUUAAUGUCUGCUUCUGGUGAACCUUAGAAUACAAACUUUGUAUUGGACAGAGCAGUAUUGGCAGAAACAUUAGGAGUUCCUAAUGUUAGUUUUUCUUUGGUUGAUUUUUCUGUUUAACCAAAUGGAGAUAUUUAUUUAUUAGAUGCUUAUAAUGGUUUAUAUAUAGUAAAUUAUUUACCAAAUGGUGAAUGGAAAAUACAAAAUAUUGUAUAUCCAAGAACAGGAUAAGCUUUUGCAUUUAGUGUAAAUUCAUUCAUAAAAGAGGAUGAAUCACUAGCACAUGUGAUUGUAGUAUAGGGAUAUAAUUAUUUCAUUUAAAUUGAAAAUAUGGAAUUAAAAUAUAUAUAUGAUUUACCAUUCAUUCAAUUAGAAUAUCCUGCUUAUAUUAAAUUAUCUUAAGAAAAUGUUAUUAUUAGAAAUGAACAUACACUUUAUUUAUAUAAUAUAGACACAGAAAAUGUUCAAUUAAAUUCUAAAUUUACUUUAAGUUAGAAGGAUAUUAUUUUAUUGAAUCCCUAUUUACCUGAUUUAGUAGUCAUAUCAAAUUUAUUAUCUAAAAGAUAUACAUUAUCAAUGGGUUAUUUGAAAUAUAUGGGAAGUACAGAAGCUAAAACUUAAAAGGAUAUUAUAUUAACAGCCAAUGCUCCAAAUGAUUAAAAAUGCUCAAUUACUAUAUCUUAUUAAAUAUUAAAUGACAGAGAUCCUUAAAUUUAUAAAUUAGUUAAUAGUGUAAAUCCAUUUCCUAAAACUUUGAUUGAAGGAGAUACUUAUCAAUAAUUAUAAACUUAAGCAUCUGGACCAAAUCAAUAAUAUCAUUUAAGUGAUAAUCAAGAGGAAGAUACUUAAAUUUAGGGUAUCAUAAAUAAGAGAUGGAUUUUGAAAAAGGAUUCUAUUGUAUGGCCUAACAAUGUAGUUUAUGCUGAUGUUUUAGUAUUAGAAAAGUAGACAUAAUUUUAUUAGAUUAUUUAAACUGAUGAUUUAAAAAUGUAAAUAUGGCUUUGUGAACAUUUAUCAAUAUUUGAAUAAGAAUUUACUUGUUUUAAAAUUGCAUCUGAUAUAAAUUUAAAAGUUAUUGUUAAUAAAUAAACAUUUACUUUGUGGAGACAUGAUUUAAAUAAUAUUUUCUUUAUGUAUAGAGAUACUGAUUAUAGUGUAAUAAUGAAAUAUUAUUAUGCAGGAGAAUAGAAAAUCUUUAAAUAAUUAACUUAUGAUAAAUCAAAUCCUUUGAAUAAAAUAUAAUCAUUAUUCUUUGCUGACAAUUAUUUCUUUAUUAUUAAAGCAGAUGAUACAAUAUUAGCAUAUUCUACUUAUGAUCAUGAAAAUCAACUCUUAGCUAUAGCUGAUGCUAAUACUUUUAAACCUUAUGGUUAUUCCUUGAAUUGGAAACCAUAAAGAUUAUUUGGAAAUAGAAAACUUCAUCCUAAUCUCUUAUUUGUUGUUAAUCAAGAUAAUAUUGUACUUAUUGAUUUUCAUAAUAAAUUCACUUUUCUUCAAUAAUUUGCAUUCAAAAAUAAUCUUGAAGUAGAAUUGGCUAUUGCAGAAGAUACUUUCUUUAUUGUUUAUGGAUAAUCAAAAUAAGGAGCAAAAGAUGGUUUUAUUGAAGAAUAUGAUUUCUCUAGAUUAAAUAAUAUUUUCAAAAUCAAGACUAUCUAAUUGUAUUGGUAUUAAAUAACUUCACCAUUGACUAUUGAUUAAAGUGAAGAAAAUGGUAGAUUAUUUGUAAGAGCUUAUUGUAAAUAUUCUAAAAAAGUACAUAUCUUAGUAUUCACUCCUGAUACUCUAUAACAUGAUAGUCUUUAUGAUGCUUGGAGUAUAUCAAAUGAAAAUAUUGCAGAUGAUGAUAAAAUUGUAAUGGCUGUAGAUGGAGAUUAAUAAAUGUUCUUGUAUACAUAUGUAAAAGGUUAGACAACUUUAAUUUCAGAACUCAAAAAUUCUGUAAUGACAAUUAAAGUUAAUUUGGAUAAUUCUAUGUAUAAUUCAAAUAUGAAUUUGGAUCUAAUAGUUUCUAAUUAUGAUUAUCCAGAUGAAACCUUUAAUACAAUCAAAAUAUAAUAAUAAGUUUAAUUCAUUAAUACUUAAUCAUCUAUUCAAAUAGAUAAUUCUAAGUUUGAAUUAUCAAAAUCUGGUGUGAUUAUGAAUUCUAAUGUUUAAUAAAAAAAUGUUGAAUUGGGUACAUAAUGGUUCUCUGGUUAAUUAAUUGGAAUUGAUUUAGAAUGUGAACAAUGUGAAUAUCAUGUAUUAAUAUAAAAUAUUUUGGAAAUAAAUAAUCCUAAAUUUUUCAAUGGAUUUGAAAUUAGAGACUUGAUUAAAUAUAAUGAUAAUACUAAUAUAUUUGUUGCCACAAAAGGUUUAAUAUUUACAUCACUUGAUAAUACCUUUUAAGCUUCGUAUCAUUUUGAUUUACCAUCUCCUACUUAUAGAUGUUACUAAGCAUAAGUAUCUGCAGAUAAACUUCUUAUUUAUACACUUUGUGAAGAUAAAGGUUAAUUUUCCAUUUAUGUCACUGGAUGUAUUUCAGUUACUGGAUGUUCUCCAUUAGGUGAGAAAUAUAAAUUAGAGCAAGCUUCAAAAAUACAAUUAAUUGAUAAUGAUAUAAUGGUUGUUUUACAUACAGAUAAUUUCUAAUAUAGUGAAAUUGAUGGUAGAAUUGUUAUUUAUUAAUUGAAGAAGGGAUUAACAACUUGGAAUUUGGAAGUUUUAGAUGUGAUUGCAACAUAAACUUUAAAUUCUUAAUUAGAAAAACCUUUAGAAUACUUUAGACCUAGUGAUUUUAUUGUAAUUAAACAAUAUUCAAAUUAAGAUUAAACAGUAUAUAAAAUGAUUAUUAGUAAUUCAAAGAAUGGAAUUGUAUUCUAUGAUUUUACUUUAAAUAAUUUAAGAUAUUAAUUUUAAUCUGUUGAAUCAUUCGAUUUAUACAAUUAUUUAAAUUAUGAAGUUAAUCAAUAUGCAUUUUAGAAUACUCACUUUUUAUAAAUAAGAUUAACUGAAAAUCCAACAUAUAAUGUAAUUCAAUAAUCUAUUCAGUUUUAAUUAUUAAUCUAAACAAAUAAUGCAGCACAUUAUGGAAUUACAUUUAAUUUUAAAAAGUCACUUAAUUAAUUAUCUACUAAAAUUGAUUCAAAAUAAUUAGAUUUUGUAUUAAAUAGAUAUUCAAAUUGGCCAUCCAUUAAUAAAAUUGCUACAAAUGGAAACUAUAUUGCCAUCCCUUAUUUCAAUGAUAAUUCUCUACUUAUAGGUCUAUAUAAGAAAUCUGCUUCCAUUCCUGCAACUAUUAUUAGUGGAACAUACUUAGAAUAUAUUUAAGGAUAAUACAUAUCUCCAUUGAAUAUGGCCUUAUUCUUUGAUCUUUCAUAAGAGAAAUUGCUUUUUGCAAGUGAAUUAUAAGGUCCAUUAAAAAGCUAUUCAGUAUUAGAUUCUCCAAUGAUCACUUUCAAUAAUAAAGAUGGAGAUUUGAAAAACUAAACAAUUACAGUUAUUCUUCAAAAUGAUUUCAAUAUUGAAAAGACAAAAUUCAAAUUAGAAGUCAGACCAAUAGAUUUAAAUGAAUGUCAGACCAAAAUAACCAAUAUUUAGAUUUAUCCUUCUACUACUGAGAUUAUGUAAUGGCAAUUAUCAAAUGGAAUAUUUGAAGGAGUUGGUUUGAAAUAUAGCAUUGAAGAUAAUUAAGAUUUUACUAUCAUUCAACCUAUCAUAUAAAUUAAUUCAUCAUAACAUUGUACAUAAGGUAUAAUAUAAAGUUUUUAUAUUUAGUAAUUGGAAAAGUAUAAGCAAUCAAAUCAUAAUGGAUACUAAGUGAAUGGAAUGGUCAUUUCGCAUUCAUAGACUAUAGUACAGCUACUAAUGGUUUAUAUUACACAAAAGUUGCAGCUCAGUAGAAUGAAGCACCUAAUUUCUCUGAAGUAGUUUAUGUAGAUCCAGAAGCACCAACAACAAAAUGCUUUGAUUUUGAUUAUGUCGAUUCAGAAUCAUCAGAUAAUUUCUUAAUUGAUUGUUAAUUAGAUCAACAAAAAAUUAUCUACAUCAUUAAGGCAAAGACAAUCAAAGCUAUAUCCACAAUAUAAUCAGAGUUUACAACUAAUAAAUUGAGAUGGUUCAAUAGAUUGCCUUAUAUAGGUUCUAAUUUUUAUUUGAGAAUAACACCUGCUUUUUCGAAUACAGAAGAUGGUUCUGUUGGCAAUGUUUCAUUAAUAGAACUCUUCUAUUUAGAUGGUCAAAAUAUAGUCUUAUUAUCUAUAAUUGAUAAUGCUAUGUUAGCUAAAUUGUUGAAAAAAGAUAAGAUAGAUUUUAUGUUGGUUGAUUAUAAGGUUUUUAAUCAUGAACAUUUCUAUGAUGAUGCCAUUCUCUAUUUAUUAGACUAAAAAUUAGGAAUAAUAUCAUUGUAAUUCGAUUAUAAGACUAAAGAUUGGAAACUCUUAGAUCAUAUUAAUUUUAAUCUGUAAUAAUUUGUAGCUUUUGACAUAGAUGAUUUUAUUAAUGAAAAAGGAUAGAUUGUUUAACAUAUAGUAUUAUUAAGUUACAAUUACUUUUUCUUAUUGGAAAAUAAAGAAAUUAUUAAAGUAAGAGAUUUAGAUUAUUUCACUUCAACCUAUCCAUAAUAAAUAUCAUUAAGUUAAAGGAAUAUUUUUAUUCCACAUAAUGAUGCUGUAUAUAUUUAUGGUUUCAAUGAUUAAUCAAUUACUUUAUUAGAUAAAUAAUUAAUAACAGGAGGAUUUUCUGUUGAUAAAAAAAAAGAAGAAUUUAUAGCUAUUGGUUAGAAAGAAUCAAAUUUAUUCUUCUUUAGUUAAGGUGCUUUGAAAUAUGAAUUUAAAUCUGGUAAAAUUAAGGAUGGAGAAGUAAAAAUAAUUGCUAAAUCAUUAAAUAAUUAAUAAUGCCAAUCAAAUAUUAAAUAUUCUAUUAUUAAGAGUGAUGAUACAAAAAUCUAUAAGAAAACUGAAUCAGAAACACCUUUCCAACCUGUUGUAGAUGAAAACACUAUUAUCGAUUUGGGAGAAUUGACUUUAGGUCCAAAUCAAAAAUAUUAAGUAGUAUAUGAAAUGUCUGAAAAUAAUAAUAGUUUAAUCAAAGAAUAAGAAUAAUAAGAUUAAAUUAGAAUUAUAUAGAAGAGACAAUAUUAAACAAAAGGCUAGCCCUAAAAUAUUAUAUAUUAGGCUUCUAUUGUCUAAAAGCAAUCAAACUUUAUCAUCACAGCAUUUUAAUUGUAAAGUAAGGAAUUAAUUAUUCAAUAUUCUACUAUUUCUGAUUCAGAUACUUACGAAUUUAAAUAAAUUUCUACUAUAAAUGAUAUUAAAGUAGAAUUAAAUGAUUAAGUAUUCAAUAUGUGGGAUGCAGGAGCUCUUUAUAUAAAAUUUGUAACUCUAAUCAAUGAAUAUCAAAUUAAUAUUUAUAAAUUUACUAUAUUUGGGCAAUAAUCUGUUGAAAAAAUAACAUUCCCUCAAGAGGAAGGUUAAUAAAUAGUAAGUAUAUUAAAUUAAGGUUAAUAUCUAUUUAUUUUGUAAAAGAAUGGAGUAUUACUUAGUUAUACAAGUGAAUAAUUUAGCUUUGUUAAUAGUAUAAAUAGUAAUGAUUUAAUUGGAUUUAAUGGAUCAUGGGAACCUUUGAAAUUAUAUGGUAAUAGAAUAUUAAAAUCAAAUAUUGUAUUUAUAUAAUAUGAAGAUAAAAUUGUCUUACUUAAUUACAUCAAAUCAGAAUUUAUAUUCAUAAAAUUAAUUGAAUAUACUUAAUAUAAUUAAAUAUAUAUUUCAGCUGCAAAAGAUUCAUUCUUUUUAGUUAAUAAUUAAGAAAUAUUAGAAUAUAAUUAUUAAAACUUAUUGAAUAUUUUCAAAUCAAAAACAGUUGAAUUAUUUGGAUAUACUAUUGAUAUUCCAUUAACUGUUACAUCUUAAUUAUCAACUGGUAAUUUAAUCAUUAAAACUACUAAAGCAUAAGAUAUUUAUUUAAAUAUAUUUAGACCAUCAUUAACAUAACAUGAAACAUUCUAUUUAGCAUAUUUAUUAAAUGGUUUUAAAGAUACUCUUAAAUUUACAAUAUCUAUAGCAGAUGAUGAGUAAAUGAUACUUAGUAUUAAUCAUGCAUAUAAUCAAACAAUUGAUAUAAUUGAAUAAUCUCCAUUGUUAGUAUUUGAUCCAAAAUAUGAUGAUAAAAAUUACUAUAAACUUGUAAAGUUGGCUGUAAUUGUGAAAAAUCAAGAUGAAUAGAGUAAUUAACUUAUAUUUGAAUAAAAUGUAAGAAUUGUAAAUUCAUUUUCAACUUUGAGUGUCAAAAAUUCAAAUUCUAGUAUUAAGAUUAAUUCAACAAAUACAGUUGAAUUUCCAUUUGAAUCUGCUUAAGGAUAGAAUAUUUUCACAACCCUUAAAAAAUAAAAUGAUACAAAAGAUAACAUUAUCUUAAAAUCUAUGAUUUAACAAAUCAAUAAUUCUAAAAAAAUGGAUUAUCAUAUAAAUUAUGGGUAUUCUAAGGAUAAGAAAAAUCCCGAAUAAUUUACAGUGUAUUUACAAGCUAAGAAUACUUUACUAAUUGGUACAAAUUAGGGUGAAGAACUAUCAUAUGUACCAGCAGAAUAUACACUUCCUGAUUAAUAUAAUUGUUUUAGAGUAGACAAUUAUAAAGAUAGAUUUUAUUCUAUAUGUAAUAAUGGAGUUGAGAAUGAAUUGGUGCUGACUAAUUGUAUAAACAAAAAAUGUUAAUUGAUUAAUUCUUAUAUUUCAAUACCAAAUGGACAUUAGGUAUUAGCUCCUUAUGAUAAUUUCAUUAUUGUUUUAUUCUAUAAUCCAUUAAAUCCAUAAGAUUAGGAUGGAGAGUAUAGAAUAUAUCAAAUUAUAAGUAAUAAUGGUUUCCAUGUAUCAAAAGAAGUAAUGGUAAUGAAUUUGGAAUACAUAAAAAAUAAUAUUAAUAAUAAUGCAACUAAUUAUAGACCUUCAAGUAUGACAGGAGUUGGAGUUGAAAUCAAUAAGGAUACUUAUAUUUAUUUAUUAUUGGUAACAAAUUGUAUUGAUGAAUUGAUGUUUAAUAAUUUGGUAUUAUUCUAAGAGGAUAUCUAUUCUUCAGGAAUAAGUUCAAUUUCACUUAAGAAAUUGUUGAAUCAGUAAAUUACAGAUUAGACUCUAUUUUUAUCAACAUAGAUAAUGUCUUAAGCAUUUGAUAAAGAUAUCUUAACAAUUGAUGUAGUAAUUUUAACUUCAGAUUCAGGUUCAUUCUAGAUUAAGAUGAAAUUUAAAUAUAUUAAGGAUAAAAUGAAGUUUGAAAAUCAAUAAUCAGAUAUAAUAAGAACAUUCAUUAAAUAUAAUGAUUGGAAAGUUCUCAAUUAUUUGGCAGUUGAUUCUUCAUCAAUAGGAGUUGCUUAUUACUAAGAAAAAUAAGUGACUGUGGGCAUAUAUAAAAUACUUAAUGAUAGUCCAUAUUUAGUAACAUCUGGAGGAUAUAAAUACGUAGUAUCUAAAUAAGAAGAUUUAAGUCCAUUAAACUUUUUAAUGUUAUUAUCAGUAAUUAUUUUAUAUUUAUUUUUAAGGAAAACUAUUUCUUUAGUGGUAAUCCAAAUGAAAAGGGAUUAAUUAAAUACAAAUUGAAUAAAAAUAAUUCAAUUGAGAUAAAGGAGCCUUAAAAUUUAAAGAGCUAAAAUUUGAGUUUGACUUUUGAAAAUGAUUUCUCAAAGGCUGAAUAUAAAAUUGAAUUAGAAAUCAUACCAAAUAAUGAUGAUGAUUCUAGUAAAGGCUUAGGAGCAGUUUGGAUAGUAUUAAUUGUGCUUGGUAGUCUUGUUUGUCUAGCCUUAAUGGGUUUUUGUUAUUAUAAAUAAAAAGACCCAAAUUAAGAAGAAGAAGGUCAAUUAGUAUGAAAUAUUAAUAUAAAAUAAUAAAAAAAAUGUAAUUUAAAAUGCCUAAUCUAUAUCCAUUUAAUAAAUUAAUUUAAUUAAUGAAAUAAAAGAUUACAUCAUCGCUGAUAGUAUUCUUAAUUUGUCUUUUGACUGUGAAUACCAAGUCAACAGGAUGCUGUAAUAAAACAUCUUUAUAUUUUUAGCUUCAAAAGUGGAGCAAUUAUAACUGUUUCCAACAAAAGGUGAAAAAUUGUAAAUUAAUCUACAUGAUAAUCUAUUUGAUGGAGAAGAUCUUACAUAUGACUUAUAAGACACAUAUUUUAAAAUAAUUAAUCCAGUUGCAAAUACAGGAGGCAGCUCAAGUCAUAUAAUAAGUAUAUUCACAUUUUAUUUAAUUAGCCGCAUCUAACAUCAGAGCAGCAAAACCAUAUCAUACAAAAAAAAUGUAAUCUUGGUUGAAUUCAUUUGUAUUCUUGGAUUAAAAUGCAAAUGAUGUGUCCAUUUAUUUUUCUGAAGGGUAUUUAUCAAUUUAGAAAUUAGAACUUCCUUAGAUAAAUUACCAACUCCAGAUUUCAAAAAUAAAGUGAAAAUUGCAACUGUGACAGAUAGUCUAUAAUGUUAUGAUGUAGAAUACAUUGAUAACGAUAAAUUUAUUAUAGAUUGUCAAAAGGAAGUAUUAGAGAAAUAAAUCAAAAAAUAAAUUGAUGUAUUCUAUAUUUACUCAAAAUAAACAAAAUAAGUAACAUAGUUUGAUGAUGAAGCAUCUGUCAAAAUAUACAAUUAAAGACGUAUAGGUUUGUUCUACUCAACAAGUGCAUUAGGAAAAGAAACUACUUAUAUUGUUAGAGUUACACCUACUUAUUCAUUAGAUCCAAAUUAAUAACUUUCUGGAAAUUCAAUUGUCUAAGUUUAUGCAUUGAGUGACAAUUAUUAACCUUUACCUAGAAAUUAUAUUUUAGACAAUGUUACUAUGGCAUUUUUAUUAGGAAAACCUGAUUUUGAAUUUUCAAUUGUGGACUUCGAAAUUUCAUUUAAUGGAUUUAUUUUCUUAUUAGAUGCCCAAUAUGGUCUCUUUGUAGUCAGAUUUUAACCAACUGGAAAAUGGGAAUUAUUUGCAUAAGCUGACUUUUAAUUAGGUAGAUCAUUUGCUUUUGAUAUUGAUUAUGAACAUAAAAAGGAUGGUUCAGAACUUGGUAUUGUUGCAGUUCUUGGAUAUAAUUUCUUUGCUAUUUUUGAUGCUGAAAAAUCAUAUGUCCAUGAUCUUCCAUUUUUAUAAUUGGAUUAUCCAGCAACUAUUAAAAUAUCAUAAGAUAAUAUCAUUGUAAGAAAUGAAAAAUAGGCUUUCUUUUAUAAACUUGAUGUUGAUACUGAUAAAAUCUAUCUCAAUUAUAAAUUAGACAUACCUUAAACUGAUAUUUUAUUGGUAAAUCCAUAAGAGCCAGAUGUUAUCCAAAUUAGUACUAGAAAUUCUUAUAGAUAUACUAUUUCUAAUGGUUAUUUGGCAUAUUAUGGAAGUGAUAAAAUAUAAGAGAAGAAAGUAGUUUCUAUAAAGGCAAAAGCUUCCAAUAAAUAGGAAUGCACAGUUUUCCUUUCAUAUUAAAUUAUUGAAGAUAAUGAAAAUUGGAUUUAUUAAUUAUUUGAUUAACCUAUGCCUCUUCCAAAUACUAUUGCAGAAGGUUAAACUCAAUCUAUUUUGAAAAAAUUAGCUUCUGGACCAAAUCUAUAAUAUAGAUUACUUAAACCAGUUUAAUUAGAAGCUACAGAAAUUACAGCUACAAUUAGAUCAAGAGUUGAAUUAACUUUAAAUUAAGAAUAACCUACAAAUGUAAUUUAUGCAGAGAUUGUAUCAUCUGAAGACCAUACUUAAUUCUAUUAAGUUUUAUAAACUGAAAAUUAGUAAAUUAAAAUCUUAAGUUGUGUUCAUGAUUCCAUAUAUAAUGAUGCUACAUUCUGUGAAGUCUUUAUUGAUGAUUUAAAAAUUACAACAAAAAUUAAUAAAUAAAACUUUUCAAUUUGGAUCAAACAUGGUAUAAUGUAUUUCAUGUAUGUUCAUGCUGAGUACAAUAUUAUUAUUCGAUCAAUACACGAUGGUGUAAUAACUCCAGUUAAAAUAAUACAAUUAGAUCCUACAGAUACAGCUAAUAAGAUUUAAAGUAUUUUAAAUUGUGGAGAUUAUCUAUUGGUUCACAUAGCUAAUAAUGAUAUCCUAACAUAUUUAACUUAUAGACCUGAACUCUUUGUACUCACAACUUUAAACAAGAAUUCAUUUUCUUAAUAUGGUUAUAAUGAAGAUUGGGAACCAAAAGCAUUAUUCACAAAUAAAAAAUUACAUCCAAAUAUUGUAUUCAUUUUACAUAAAAAUCAUAUUUUAAUUUUAGAUACAGAUUAUGGUUUAUUUUCAUUCAUUAAAACAAUUUAAAUUACUCCAAAUUUAGAUUAUUCAAUAGCUAUAGGAUAAGAAACAUUUUUUGUUGUUCAAGGAAAAUCAGCUGAUACUGUUAAAGAUGCUAAAAUUUAUGAAUACAAUUUUGCAGAUAUCAAUAAUGUGUAUUUGUAAAAGAAUUUAUACUUAUAUUGGUAUGAUAUAUCUACUCCAUUGAAUGUUGAUUUUAGUGAAGAAACUGGUCAUAUGUUUGUCAGAGGAGUCUGCUUAUAUUGUAGUAAAUCAUUUGUUAUUGUAUUCAAACCUAACACUCCUCAACAUGAGGCUUUAGUAUAAGCUUGGGAUAUUGCUGAUACUGUUAUUCCUGAUUCAAAAUCAAUUUUAAUUGCUGCCAAUGGAUUACAUUAAACUUAUUUAUACUUAAAUGUUGAAGGAGAACAAUCACUUUUUGCAGUUUAUGAUCAAACAACUAUGACUAUUAAUUCUAUUAUUUAAUAAGAUGUUUAUUCAAAUAAAUAUCAAUUAGAUUUCUAAAUCAGAAAUUAUAAUUUCUAAGGUAAACCUGAAAAAUUUAAUACAGUUGAUAUCGCUUAAUAAGUUAAUACCAUUUCUUCUUUAACCAAUAUUAAAUUGAAUUAAAAUGCCUUCCCUUUUUCAUAAUCAGGUAUAUAGAUAUUAUCAACUGAUGAUUCUAAAACUUUUGAUUUAGGUAAAGAUUGGUAUUCUGGUUAAAUUGGAAAUUUUGAAGUUGAUUGUAAUUAAUGCGAAACCAAUAUAGAAUUGUAAAGUACUUUUGAUCUAAUCAACCCAAAAAUAUUUAAUGGAUAUGAAAUUAGAGAUUAAAUCAAAUAUAAUGAAAAUUUUAAUAUUAUGUAAGCAACUACAGGAUUGAUAUUUGUAAAUCCUGACAAUACAUUAGCAUCUGUCUAUGAUUUUGAUUUACCUAACUUUUAAUAUCAAUGUUAUUAAGCUACUGUUUCUGAAGACAAAAUGGUUGUUUACUCAUUGUGUAAUGAUGGAACUGAAUUCACAGUUUAUGCUACUGGAUGUUUUUCUAUCACUGGUUGUUCUCCAUUAGGUGAGAAGUUCAAACUUGGAACAGCUUCAAAAAUUCAAGUAGUAUCUAAUGAACUUUUAGUUGUUUUACAUACUGAUACCAAUAAUCCUGAAUUAUUUUAAGAUGGAAAAAUAGUUCUUUAUAGAAUUGUUAUGGGAUUAGAAGAUUGGAGAUUAGAAAUCAUUGAAGUCAUUGAUACAAAUUAUCUUAAUUCAAAAUUAACUACUCCUUUACAAGAUUUUAGACCAGCUGAUUUUUCAGUUGUAAAACAAAAAUAUUAAUAGAAUAAUAAAUACUCUUAUAAAUUGUUAAUCAGUGAUUCUAAUAGUGGUUUCAUUUUUAUAGAUUUUUCAUUUUCAGACUUACCUUCAUAUUAAUUCUUAUCAAUAGAAACCCUCAAUCUUCAUGAUUUUUUAAAUAAAUAAGUAGGUCAAUACACCCUUGCAACAACUAAAUUCUUAUCAUUUUAAUUCAUUUGGGAACCAACUUUUGAUUGGAGUUCAGACGAAGUGAGAGUCUAUCUCAUUAUUUUGACUUCUGAUGCUUCACAAUAUGGAUUAAAAUUGAUAUUCAAGGGUUAGCCUACUUUUAAUACAGUACUUACUACUAAAGCUUUAUCUGCUAUCAUAGUAAGGUAUGGAGAUUGGGUUCCUAUGAACAAGUUAGCCAUUCAGAAUAAUUAUUUAACACUAGCUAUACCAUACAAAUAAUAAAAUUAAAUUGUUGUUGCUGUGUAUAAUAUAGAUAUUCUUACAGAAAAUCAUUCUUCUGCAGUUGUUCCAACAAUUAGUGUUGGAACUUAUAGAGUUUUUUAUGAAUAAGGUCAAUGGCUAAGUCCAUUAAAUCUGGCUGUAUUUUUCUCCAAGAAUGACAAAAUUCUUUUUGUAUCUUAAUUAUAAGGACCACUAUAAAGUUAUGGAAUUUAUAAAUCUCCAUUAUUAAUAUUGAAAAACUAAGAUAAAACUUUAAAAAGCUAAGAAAUCACACUCAUUGCAAAAAAUGACUUUUCUGAGGAAACAUUAAAAUUCAAAUUAAUUGUGUAAGAUGUAGAUAAUAAUGAAUGUAUUGCAAAGAUUACAAAUCUUCAAAUUUAUCCAUCUACUGGUGAAAUUUUGACAUGGAAUUUAUCCUAAAAUAUUUUUGAAGGUGUUUCUUUAAAAUACGUUUAAGAUGAUACUAAUGAUUUUACAAUAAUAUAACCAACUUCAUAAAUAGGAAAUUCAAAAGAUCAUAAAUAAGGUAAUUAUAUAAAAAUAUAAAUAAAUUAGUUGCAACAUCAAUUGUAUCUGCUAAAGCUAUGUUGACUUAAAAUAGAGCCUGGUCUAAUUAAUUUGGAUUUUUAAAUAAAUAGGGGUCCACUUAUUCAAUUUUCUAUACAAAUACGUAAUUUAUUUUUAUUAUAAUAGUCCUGCAAUUAAUGCUGCUCCAUCAUUUAAUUAAGUUCUUAAUAUUAAAAAGACUGAUGCAAAUCUUAAUUGCUUAGAUUUUGUAUAAUUAUCUACUACUACUUUUGUUGUUGAUUGCUAAAUCCAAAAUAAUAAAUUCUUUUUAUUGAUUAAGGAUACUGAUGAAACAUAAACAACUACAAUUACAAAUACUUAAGUAAAUAGAGCUUUAGGUGCCUACAAAAUUAAUGAUUAGUAAUUUGUCUUAAGAGUGACAUUCUCUUUUACAACUGAAGGUUAAUUAACAAAUGAUUCAUUUGUUGAAUUAUUUUAAUAUGCUAAUGGUUCAUUAUAAGCUAUGUAAACAUUAGAUAAAGCUAAAUUAUCUAAUAUAUCUGGAAAAUAAAUAAAUGAAUUGAAUAUUGUAGAUUUCAAGGUUGGAUUAAAUGGAUUAAUUUAUUUAUUAGAUGCUAAGAUAGGAAUCUUUGUUGUUAAUUUUGAUACUGAAUGGAGAUUCAAAAAUUUGAUCACAUUUAAAUUUGGACAAUCAUUUGCAUUUGAUAGAACUAUACUUAAAAAUCAAGAAGAAGCAUUUGUAAUUUAAGGAUAUAAUUACUACAUUAUAAUUGAUUCUGAAGGAAAAACUAAAAAGGUUUAAGAUUUGUAAUUCAAUUCCAUCACAUAUCCCUAAUCUAUUUCAGCAAGUUCCAAUUUCAUUUUUGUUAAGAAUUAAGCUAUAUUAUAUGUUUAUCAUUCUGAUGAUAUUAAUACUGGUUUGAUUGACAUAAUUGAUUCAACUAAUGGUGCUGCUAUUAUCAAUCCAUUUAUUUAAGAAAUCGUAACUCUUUCUCUUCAAUCAUCAGCAAGAUGGAACAUAAGCUUAGGAUCACUAAAAUUCAAUGGAGUUAAUCAAGCAUCUUAAGCAUUCUAAGACUUAACUAUUAAAGCCACUUCAUAACAUAAAAUAACUUGCUCCACCAAGAUUUAAUAUCAAGUAAUUGAAAGUAGCAGUAAAGCUCCAAUCAAGAAAAAUAAAUCUGAUUAACCAUUCCCAUAAGUCUUUGAUGAAAUAUUUGAAUAAUUCUAAUUAGGCAACCUUAUUUCAGGUCCAAAUCUUGAAUACAUCUUAUCAUUACCAAAAAUGCCACUUGAUUUCACUGCAUAAGUUGUAUAAAACAGAGAAAUAUAAGUUACUAAUUGGCCUAAAACACCUUUAUAUAGUACUGAAUUAGUUGGAAAUGAUAGAGAAACCUUAUUCUAAAUCUUCUAGACUUAGGAUAAGUUAUUAACAAUUUAAUCUUGUGUUUUGACUGAUCACAUUAAAUAUGUUUGCAGAGAUUAUGGAAAUGUUUAACUUUAAGAAAGAGUAUCUGAUUAAUUAUUCAGCAUAUGGUAAGAUACCGAUAACAUUGUAAGAUUUAUUACUAUUUAAUCUUCAUAUAAAGUAACAGCUUAUUUGGCUCCUGAUGGUGUUGUUAUUGAAGAUAAAUAAAUUUAAUUUACAGAAUAAGAAGGUUAAUAAAUAGUAAGUAUAUUAAAUUAAGGAUAAUAUCUAUUUAUUUUGUAAAAGAAUGGAGUGUUACGUAGUUAUACAAGUGAAUAAUUUAGCUUUGUUAAUAGUAUAACUGGUAAUGAUUUAAUUGGAUUUAAUGGAUAAUGGAAACCUUUGAAAUUAUAUGGUAAUAGAAUGUUAAAAUCAAAUAUUGUAUUUGUUCAAAAUGAAAAUAAUAUUGUCUUAAUUAAUUACAUCAAUACAGAAUUUAUUUUCAUAAAAUUAAUUGAAUAUACUUAAAAUAAUGAAAUAUAUAUUUCAGCUGCAAAAGAUUCAUUCUUUUUAGUUAAUAAUAAAGAAAUAUUGGAAUAUAAUUAUUAAAACUUAUUGAAUAUUUUCAAAUCAAAAACAGUUGAAUUAUUUGGAUAUACUAUUGUUAAUCCAUUAACUGUUACAUCUUAAUUAUCAACUGGUAAUUUAAUCAUUAAAACUACUAAAGCAUAAGAUAUUUAUUUAAAUAUAUUUAGACCAUCUUUAACAUAACAUGAUACAUUCUAUUUAGCAUUUAAAUUAAAUGGUAUUAAAUAAGAUGAUCAAAUUUAAUUAUCUUUAGGAGGUUCUUUAUAUAUAAUCACUUUUGCAAAUGGAUAGAAGAUUCAAUAAUUAAACUUUAUUUUAUUAAAUCCUGAAUUAAUAAUUAUACCAACCAAAAAACUUUAGAAAUUUGUUACAAACUUUUAAAUUUUAAUGGCUAUAAUGAAUGGGGAUGAUUAAACUUAAAAAAUAAAUUAUGAAUAAAAUGUAAAAGUAGCAAAUACAUUCACUAAUUUGAUUGUUAAUGAUGAAGAAUAUUUAAAUUCAAUUGAUAUUAAUGAAACUGAUGGUAAAACUGAAGUAGCCAUUAGAUCUGAUUGGAUUGGAGGUCAAAUAAUAAGUACAGAAUUAUCAUUGUAGGCAAUUAAUGAUGAUAUAACACUUUUACCUUUUGUAAGUUAAGAAUAGCCAGUUUUAAUGGAUUACACCAUAUUUGAUGUAGCUAAACCAUAAGCUGUAACAUUUUUAUAAGCUUCAAAUACUGUUUUGUCAUUUAAGGGAGAUGACUUGAAAAAUGCUCAACCUUUAUUACCAAAAUUAUCUGAAUAAUAUAAAUGUUACAGAUUAGAAGCCGAUACCACAAGACUUUAUUCACUUUGUAAUAAUGGUGUAGAAGAUUAAAUAUAAGUAGCUAGUUGUGAUGAUAAAUAAAAAUGUUAAAGAGAGAAUGCUUAUAUUUCAGCACCAUUUGCAACUUAAAUUGUUGCUUUAGCUUAAGAUGUUGUUGUUAUUCUUCAUACAGAUUCAUUAAAUCCUGAAAAUUAUGAUGGAUAUAUUACAAUUCAAAAAUUAGUAUAAAUUGAUGGAAUUUGGUCAUCUAAUAUAUUAUUAACUAUUGAUUAUGAUUUCAUUCAAUAAAAAAUGGGAGCAUAAGCACCUAAAUAAUUUAGACCAUCUUCAUUUUCACAUUCACCAACAGGAAAUAAUGUAUCUGUCUUUUAUUUGUAAUUGAUUAUUACUGAUAGUGUAAAUGGUUUAUUGUUUAUUGAUUUAACACUUUCAAAGACAACUUCAGAAGUGAAGUAUCAAUUUUCAGAAUACUAAUUGUUGAAAGAUUGGCUAAAUAUUGAUUAAUAUGCAACUGAUGCUACUCAUUAUUAUUAAGCUUAAAUAAUAACUUAAUAAGUUGAAUAUCCUACUAAAAAAACAGUAAGAUUAGUUCUUGUAACUGAUAUUUCAUCAUCAUUUGUUUUUGAAUUAGUUUUUGCAAUUUAAGCUAAUGUUUCAUCUAAACUAAGUUCAAUAAGAACUAUUGUUACAUUAAAUAGAUAUGGUAAUUUCAAGGCAUUGAACUAUGUUUCAGCUUCAUCAUCUUCAAUAGCAAUUCCCUAUGUUAACAACUUAGAGGUGAUUAUAGGAGUUUAUAAGAUCCCAACCGAUUAAGAAAAUUCUGCAGUUUAAACAAUAUAAGGAUCUCAUACAUUUGCAUACUUUUAAUAAUAAAUCACCCCUCAAGAUUUCUUACUUUAUAAUACAGAUAGUAUAUUCUUGACAAGUACUUCAAAGGCUGGAGUCUAUUAAAAUUUAGUCAGAUAUCAGCAAAUAUUAAAAUUCGGAGAACCAAAAAAUUUACAUUCUCAAAAGUUGACAUUGACAUUUUAGAAUGAUUUUAGAAGAGUAGUCAGAACAGUUAAUUUAUCCAUUAAUCCUGUAGAUAAGGAUGAAUGUCAAACUAAGAUGACAGAUCUAAAGAUUUACACAUCCCAAGGAGAAGUUAUGUAAUGGGCAUUAACCUAAAACUUCUUUGAUGGUGUUUCUCUAAAAUAUAGUGUAGACUAAGCUGAAUUUUCAGUAGUUUAACCAUUAACUUAAAUAGGAGAUUCAAAAGAUCAUAAAUAAGGUAAUUAUAUAAAAAUAUAAAUAAAUUAGUUGCAACAUAAAUUUUAUCUGCUAAAGCUAUAUUGACUUAGAAUAGAGCCUGGUCUAAUUAAUUUGGAUUUUUAAAUAAAGAUGGAUUCAAAUAUUCAAUCUUCUAUACAAAUACGUAAUUUAUUUUUAUUAUAAUAGUCCUGCAAUUAAUGUUGCACCAUCAUUUAAUUAAGUUCUUAAUAUUAAAACCACAGAAGACAAUUUAGAUUGCUAAGAUUUCUUAUAAUUAUCUACUACUAUUUUUGUUGUUGAUUGUUAACUUAAAGAUAAUAAGUUCUUCUUAUUUAUCAACGGAACUGAUGAAAAACGAAUAAUUACUAUUGAAAAUACUUUAAUGAAAAGAGCUUUAGGAUAAUAUAGAAUCAAGGAUGAUUAGUAUGUUGUAAGAGUUUCUUUAUCUAUCACAAACGAAGGAUAAUUAGCUUAAAAUUCAUUUGUUGAAUUGUUUUAACUUUAAGCCGAUGGGUUAGCUAGUAAAGGAACAUUAGAUAAAGGUGUUUUAUCUAAAAUAUCUGGAAAAUAAAUAGAUGAAUUGAAUAUUAUUGAUUUCAAUAUUGGAUUAAAUGGAUAAAUUUAUUUAUUAGAUGCUAAGUUAGGAAUUUUUGUUGUUUAUUUUGAUACUGAUUGGAAAUUUUCUAAAGCAAUGAAUUUAAAUUUUGGCUAAUUUUUUGCAUUUGAUAGAGCUAUACUUAGUAAUAACUAGGAAAUUUUUGUAAUAAAAGGUUUUAAUUUCUAUGGAGUGAUUAAUUAAGAAGGAAUUAUUAUUAAAAUAUAAGAUCUUCCUUUUGCUAGUGUGUCAUAUCCUUAAUCUAUUAGAUUAAGUGGAAAAUAUGUGUUUACAAAGAAUUAAGGAAAUCUUUACAUAUACCACUUUGAUGAUAAUAAUAGUAGUCUUAUUGAUAUUGUAAAUUUGUCUAAUGGAGCAGGAAUCAUAAAUCCAAAUAGUUAAGAAAUUGUAACUGUUUCAUUAACAUCUUCAUCUGCUUGGACCUUUAGUUUGGGAUAAUUAAAAUUCAAUGGAAAUGCAUAAGCAAGUACUAAUUUCAAAGCUGUGACAAUUUAAGCCAAAUCUUAACAUAACUAACUCUGUUAUUCUAGACUUUAUUAUCUAGUAAUAGCAAGUAAUAGUGAGACUAUUUAUAAGAAGGAUGAUACUGAAACACCUUUCCCUAAUAUUUUAGAUGAGAAUGAUGAAUAAAUUAAGUUAGGAAAUUUAGUAUCAGGUCCUAAUUUGAUUUAUGAAAUUGUUCAACCAAAAUUACCAAUUGAAUUAAAUAAAAAUCAAUUUUUAAGUGUAAAUGCAGAACCAGAUUUAGAUGUAUUUGCUCAAAUUGCACAUUAAAGAACAAUUCAAGUAAAUAAAUGGUUAAAGAAACCAUUAUAUUAGGCAUCAUUAGUUGGCAACAAUUAAGAAACCUUAUUCUAAGUUUUCUAAUAAGAAGAUAAGAAAGUUUUAAUUUAAACUUGUGAAUUGGUUGAUCAUGUAAAAUAUGAGUGUAAAGAUAUAGGAAAUUUGUAAGUUUAGGUAUAAUUAUCUGAUUAAAUUUUCGAUAUUUGGUAAGACUCUGAAAAUAUAGUUCAUUUCAUUAUAUUGGAUACAUCAUUUAUAAUUAAAUUCUAUAAAAUUACACUUUUUACAACUAUUGAAUAUGGAAAAAUUAAAUUAAAUGAAAAUGAAGAGAAAGAUGAAUUAAAAGUAGUAGCAUUCUAGAAUCAAGGAGAAUUUCUAUUUGUAAUAUAGGAAAGUGGAGUAUUAUCAUCAUAUUCUACUGAGAAGUUUACAUUAAUAAAUUAAAUUACAGGAGAAAACUUGAUUGGAUUUUAAGGAGACUGGAAACCUAUUAAAUUAUAUGGAAAUAGAGUGUUAAGAUAAAAUGUUAUAUUUGUUCAAAAUGAAAAUAAUGUUGUGAUUAUCAAUUAUAGCAAUUAAGAAUUUAUAUAUGGAUCCAAGAUGGACUACACAAAAGACAACUAAUUAUACAUAGCUUAAUCAACUAAUUCAUUCUUCUUUGUUAAUAACCAAGAAUUGAGUGAAUACAAUUAUGAAAAUAUUAACUCUGUUUUCAAAUAGAAGACUGUACAAUUAUAUGGAUAUUAAAUUACAAUGCCUUUAAGUGUUUCUUCUCAUAUUAAAACAGGUAUUUUAGUAAUCAGAACUACAAAAGAUGAUAAUGUAUAUUUGAAUAUUUUCAAACCAGAUCAAUUACAACAUGACACAUUUUAUUUGGCUGUUAAAAUUAAUUGUAAGGUAGAGGAUACAUUUAAAUUAUCUGCAAGUGGAUCAGAUCCAAAAGGAUCAGCAUAUAUAAUUGCAUUAGCUAAUAGUGAGGCAGUUUAAUAAUUAGAAUAUAUUGUACUUGAUCCAGAAUUGAUUCUUAUUCCUAACAAAUAGAAACAAAAAUAUAUUACUGACUAUGAAAUUUCUAUUAAUGUUAAGAAUGCUGAUUCAAAAAAUAACAAUAUAGUUCCAUUUACUUAAAAGGUCAAAGUAAUCAACACAUUCACUAAUUUAAUUGUUGAUGAUACAAAGGCAACUUAAUAAAUUGAAAUUGAAGCUAAAUUAAAUUCAACUACUAUUGGUUUAUCAAAUGGAUGGAUUAGUGGAUAGUAGGCUUAUUGUACAUUAAAAUAAGAAAAAACUAAUGAUAUUGUCUUAUAAUCAUAUCUCUAAGAGACUUAAAAUAUGGCACUUAAGAAUUAUUAAUUCAAAGAUGCUUCAGCUUUCUAAAAGAAUGUUGUAUUUUAAGCAAUGAAUAAUAUACUUUUAAUGAAAGACAACAAAUUAGUUGAAAGUGUACCACUUUUUAAAGAUGAUUUACCUAAAGAAUAUGAUUGUUUCAGAUUAACAACUUUUGAUAAAUCUAUUUAUUCACUUUGUAAUAAUGGUGUAGAAGAUUAAAUAUAAGUAGCUAGUUGUGAUGAUAAAUAAAAAUGUUAAAGAGAGAAUGCUUAUAUUUCAGCUCCAUUUGCAACUUAAAUUGUUGCUUUAGCUUAAGAUGUUGUUGUUAUUCUUCAUACAGAUUCAUUAAAUCCUGAAAAUUAUGAUGGAUAUAUUACGAUUCAAAAAUUAGUAUAAAUUGAUGGAAUUUGGUCAUCUAAUAUAUUAUUAACUAUUGAUUAUGAUUUCAUUCAAUAAAAAAUGGGAGCAUAAGCACCUAAAUAAUUUAGACCAUCUUCAUUUUCACAUUCAUUAACUCAUUCAGAUGAGGAAUCACUUUCAGUUUAAUUCAUUAUUUCUGAUAGUGUGAAUGGUUUAGUUUUUAUUGAUUUCAGUAUUUAAAAGAAUACAUUUGAACCAAAAUAUUUAUUUAUGGAAUAUUUAUUACUUAAAAAUUGGUUGAAUGAGCAUAAAUAAUAUGCUAAUGAUAAUACACAUUAUUAUUCUAAUAAAAUCAUUGAAGAAUCUAAUAAAGAUAAAAUCAAGAGCAUCACAUUAGUAGUUAUUACUGAUAACUCAUCAUCUUAUGUUUUCAAUCUUUAAUUUGCAAUUUUAGACAAUUAAUCAAAUAAGUUGACAUAAGAAACUAAUGUUAAAGUAGCUUUGAAUAGAUAUGGAACAUGGAAAGCAUUGAAUACUGUUGCUGCUAAUAAAUAAUCUGUUGUUGUAGCCUAUAUGCAUAAUUCAAAAGUUAUUGUUGGUGUUUAUCACAUUAAAGAAAAUGCUGUAUCUGUCAUAAAUGGCUCAUUUUCAUUUACUACACAAGGAGUUCAAAAACUAGAACCAGUUGAUUUCCUUCUUUAUUUACAAGUAAAUUUUAUUUAUAUUUUAGGAUUCCUCUUUGAUAUCAAGCAAAGUCACUAAGGGUUUAUAUCAAUAUGAAAUCAGAUAGGAUAUUAGUCUAAGAUUUGGAGAGAGUGCCAAACUUGAAAAUUAAACCUUAACCUUAACCUUUUCUAAUGAUUACAGAUAAGUCUCUAAAUAAAUUAAAUUGAGUAUUAAACCAGAUAAUGGUGGAGAUGAUGGAGAGACAAGUUCUAAAGCCUGGUGGAUAACUCUAAUUGUUGUUGGAGCUGCACUUGUGUUAGGUAUACUUGGAUUUUUCUUCUACAAAAAAAGAAAGGAUUAAGAAGAGGAUUAAGAAGAUUAGGACACUGGAUAUGCACCUCUAAAUUGAGUU